GCACGCGGAGCAGGACCACGGAGCCCAGUCUCAUCACGGCCCAGGAUUCGUUGGACUACACUUUUUGGGGGGGAUUUGGAACUUUCUCUCCCCCUAACUCUCUCACUAUCUCUCUCUCCCUCCCUCUCUCCCUCUCCCUCUCUCCCUCUCGCUCUUCCAUUCGCCUCCCAUCUCCUCUUCUCUCUCUCCUAUGAUGAUGGGAUAGCGAUCAUCAGCAGCGGCGUGAUGUCAUCGCAGCAGGAUGUGAUCGGCCGUCCCGCCCGGUGAGGUGAGCAGAGUUUGGAGAGGAGCGGUGAUCCGACCCGGAGGAUCCCCCCCCCCGAGGCGCGGAGCUCUGAAAGAUGGUCACCUCCUCACGCCGCGUCUCCCGCCACCCGUCCGUCUCACGCGCUCCCGCCGCGGGCUCUGCCUCGAUCCUCCUUCCAAGAAUAAGACACCGCCAUGCCACCGGCAGAGAAAUAAGAAGAGUUGUAUUUUUAGGGCGGUUAUUGGACCACGUGCCCAAAAGGUAAACCGGAUGGCCAUCGCUGCGCAAAGUGUUCUGGUCGGCCUGUACAGCAUGCACGAGGCCAGGACUACGUGGACGCGCACUGCCCUGGCGGUGCUCCUCGCGUCUCUUCUUGUGGGGAUCGUGGCGUCAUAUCCGACCCAUAGCAGGACUACUCAUAAUGCGACUUUACUGGAGCGGCGCUGGGAGACCCUGUUCUCCCGCUCGUACCUGGGGCUGAGCGGUGACCGCUCCGAGCUCAACUGGGAGAGCGACUACCUGCUGGGCAUCAAGCGGGUCCGCCGGCUCUACUGCAACGUGGGCAUCGGGUUCCACCUGCAGGUGCUGCCGGACGGGGUGGUCAGCGGGGUGCACAGCGAGAACCCCUACAGCCUGAUAGAGAUCUCCACCGUGGACCGAGGCGUGAUCAGUCUGCGGGGCGUCAGAAGCGAGCUGUACGUCGCAAUGAACGGCCGGGGAAGGUUAUACGGAACGAGAGCGUUCAGGGAUGAGUGCAAGUUCAAGGAGAGCCUGCUGGCCAACAACUACAACGCCUACGAGAGCCUCAUUUACCCCCGCUCCUACAUCGCGCUCAGUAAGCACGGCCGGGCCAAGCGUGGCAACAAGGCCACCACCGCCCAGACCGUCACCCACUUCCUGCCCCGCCUGUGACCCCCCACACCCCCUGCCCGGGGGGGCCGGGGGGCCGGGAGGAGGGAGGACGGAAGUGGGGGGGGAAGGGGCCAGAGCCCGACUCAUUUGCACACGACGUGGAAGAUCUUCCAGGUAACUUUAGAGCAGAACACAAAAGAGAGGAGAAAAAAACUGAAGCACCUUCAUGAUAUACUCACUAGCAGACUGCAGAGGACGACGGAGUCGCACGCACACACAAACACACACACACACACACACACACACACACCACACACACACACACACACACACACACACACACACACACACGCACACACACACACACACAAACACUCACACUCACACACAAAUAUUUAUUCUCUUUCUAUACAUAUACACGUGUACGUUUGUUGAGCUGUCUUUGUAUUACGAUGACCUAUGUAUGCCAAACUGUGCUGCUUUAAUCAUUAUGUUCUUAUCGGUUGUUGUUUUAAUGAUGGGGGGGGGGGAGGAGCUCAGCUGGUCUCACUUUACAUUGGUGCUUGCUUUUACCAAACCAUGUCAUCAUAUACAUAUUUAUAGAUAUAUAAAUAUGUAUAUAUUAUACGUACACACAUGUAUGUAUGGAUAUAUACAUAUAUGCAUUUAAGGAGUGAAACAAAUACUUUUUAUUACCUCAAAGAACCACUUACUGGGGGGGGGGGG